AGCCUGCAAUUCAACUUGAACGACAGAGAAUAUGCUUAUCCAGGAUGGAGUCCCUUUCGUCUCUCCUCUCCUUCCUUCCCUUCUCUGUAGUCGCCGCGCCUGCGAACUCCCUCUCCACCAAUCAUAUUUCUGUGCCUUUGACCCUUCUGUGCCUCUACUCGUCCUUUUUUCCAGAGUCGAUCGCUGUCUCACAAGCAGUACUAACAGCUGACACAUUUCUGCUGUUCAAACUAUGCUACUGCUCUGCCUGUUUCUCAUUAAUUCUCUGAACUUUAUUGCUCUUCCCAAUUUCUCUCUCGUUUUUCUUCAAUUCAAAACCAUUCUGUUCAAUGGGUUUCCAUUAUUGAUUAUCACUCUAUAAGCUUCUAAGCUAGCUAUUCUCUGCUCAUUUUCCAUUCAUCUUCUCAAUUUCGGUCUGGGUUUUGGCUUUUUCUGUUGUAGAUCUGAAAAGGUUUAGGGUUUAUUCUUCCCCCAUUGCUCUGUCGAAUUUGGAAUUUUUUCCUUGGGUUUUGGAAAGAAAGCCUUUUCUAGAUUCCUCAGGUAUUUUGGGUACGUGAAAAGGGCAGCUGAUUCCCUUCUAAUUGCGUAUUGGUUAAAUUAAAUACUUUCUUUGGCCAUAUGAAGCCUCUCCAGAACCCUUCGCCAUUUCUUGCUCACUCUGUUUCUCUCUCUGAAUUUUCAUCAAACAGAGAGUGCGCAUUUCUCUAACAUCUGCUUUGGCAUGCUUGCUUGUUUGCUGCUGUGUUCAAUACAUCUAGAACAAUGAACAGGGGAAUUGAAGUUCUCUCUCCAGCCUGCUACCUCCAGAACUCUAAUUGGUUGUUCCAGGAAGGCAAUGGAACUAGAUGGACCCCGGAGGAGAACAAGCGGUUUGAGAACGCUUUGGCUCUGUAUGAUACGGAUACGCCAGAUCGUUGGCUAAAGGUGGCGGCCAUGAUUCCAGGCAAGACUGUGGGAGAUGUGAUCAAACAGUACAGAGAACUGGAAGAAGAUGUGAGUGUCAUUGAAGCAGGGCUGUUCCCAAUCCCUGGGUACAGUGAUAGAUCUUUCACAUUCGGGUGUGUCAAUGGCCAAGGCUUUGAUGGGUUCAACCAAUUUUAUACUGUUGGUGGAAAAAGGGGUGCGACCACUAGACCAUCUGAGCACGAAAGGAAGAAAGGAGUUCCAUGGACUGAAGAGGAGCACAGGCAAUUUCUGAUGGGUCUGAAGAAGUAUGGCAAAGGGGACUGGAGAAACAUCUCUCGCAAUUUUGUGACCACGAGGACGCCUACUCAGGUUGCGAGUCAUGCUCAGAAGUAUUUCAUCAGGCAGCUUACAGGAGGGAAAGAUAAGAGGAGAUCCAGUAUCCAUGAUAUCACUAUGGUCAAUCUCCAAGAAACCAAACCUCUUUCAUCAAACAGUAUCAGACCUGCUUCUUCAAAUCAUCCCCCGAAGGUUGUAAAUCCACACCAGAAUCAGAUAUUCAUGGUUAAACAGGAAUAUGACAUGCCAAUGGAUUUCAAUCCCACAAACGAGAACAUGUUCUUGGCACCCAUGUAUGGGAUUUCUUCAUAUGGAUCGAAACCACAGGAGCAGCUUAUACUCAGAGGUACGCUCCAUGGACGUGAUUAUGGACCUUACGAUACCAUUCUUCAGAUGCAAUCAAUGCAGCAUCAGUGAACUAUGGAUAUAAUGGAGGGUUUAGAUGAAGUUCUGGACGUGUUAAAACGCUAAACCCCUUUUCAAUGAUGGUGCAUUUAUUUCUUCACACAUGCUUCGUGGUGUUCUAUGUGUAGAUGUUGUGGAGGACUCAGAAUUAGAGGUUAGUGAUUAGACUCUGAAGAGUGAAGAUAUCAGUACAUAUUGUAUUCCUAUAUCAAAAUUCCGGGACAAGAACCAGAUAACCAUGUAUACAGGGAAGUUAUUUUAACAUGUGAAGCUUGAGGUUGUGUAAUAUGAUUUUCUGAUGAUGAUGAUGAUGAUUAUUAUUA